CUCCAAGCAAACAAGCGUGAGCAAGAAGGAUACACAUCUUACAACCAGAACCGUUGACUUCCAAAAACUUGCGGACAAAUACCCCAUAAUCUAAACAUAAUGAAUUCACAUGUACUGCCACAGUGGCCUCUCUCUUUCUUUACUCAAAGAACAAAUACAUCUUCCUUAAUUAAAACUCCACCAAUUCCUCUCUCUCGCUCUCUCAUGUUACCGUUGACCUUUAUAACAUUGAACCACCUCCCCCCCCCCCCCAAAAAAACCGUUUCUUUGGCCACAACCAUGGCUGACAAGACCACUUUUUUGAUCUCCAAUUCCUUGUUCUCCUUUCAUUAUUCCAGGAAAUGAACAGCACAACAGAUUCUGGGGGAUUUCUUGGCUCCAACAACAUUGGUGGAUUUGGAUAUGGCAUAGGAGUUUCUGUUGGGAUCCUCCUGCUUAUCACAACCAUCACACUGGUUUCUUACUUCUGCACCAGGACUCCACCACCCCAAGCGCCACCAAGGGCUAGACAAGAGCCUACACUUGAUCCUGAGAGCCUUGUCGUCGAUCUAGGCCUGGAUGAGGAAACCAUAAAGAGCUAUCCGAAGCUGCUAUACUCCGAGGCCAAGCUCCACAACAAAGAUUCUACAUCUUCGUGCUGCUCCAUAUGUUUGGCAGAUUACAAGAGUAGCGAUACGCUAAGGCUGCUGCCUGAUUGCAACCAUCUCUUCCAUCUAAAGUGUGUUGACCCCUGGUUGAGGCUGCACCCGACAUGUCCGGUCUGCAGGACAUCUCCAAUCCCAACGCCCUUGUCCACGCCACUUGCUGAGGUGGUUCCCUUGUCAAGCAGGCCUGGUGGUUGAUGGGAAGAAUGACUGUUUGGACUUUUGCUCAAAUCUAAUCAUUCAGUCACUGAAAAAUUGUUACAAGAGAGCAAGAGCUCUUUCCAUAGUAAAAAAAUUCUUUUUGUUUUCCUCUUUCUGUGUGAUCUUUGGAUUGUAAUUCUGAACGUUCUCUUA